GCUAACAUAUUAGCAGAGAGGAGUAGCCUGGCUAGCCCCACAAAACUACAAACACGAUGUCACUCGUGGACCUGGGGAAGAGGCUGCUGGAGGCGGCUCGAAAAGGGAACGACGACGAGGUCCGGAACCUGAUGGCCAACGGAGCUCCGUUCACGACGGACUGGUUGGGAACGUCCCCCCUCCACCUGGCCGCUCAGCACGGUCAUUACUCCACGGCAGACGUCCUGCUGAGAGCAGGCGUCAGCAGAGACGCCCGCACCAAAGUGGACAGGACCCCGCUGCACAUGGCUGCUGCUGAGGGACACACAGUCAUCGUGGAGCUGCUGAUCAGGAGCGGAGCCGACAUCAACGCCAAAGACAUGCUGAAGAUGACGGCUCUUCACUGGGCAGCUCAGCACGGACACCACGGUGUGGCCGAGGCCCUCGUCAAGCACGGAGCCGACGUGCACGCUCGCAGUAAAUUCGACAAGACGCCGUUCGACAUCGCAGCCGACAUCCAGCACACAGAGCUGAUGUUGCUGCUGCAGGAGAGCAUGCAGAACCAGGUCAACAUAAACCAGGUGAGCAUGAACGUCGAGACCAGCAGCACCCCCAGCCAGCCGCAGUUCAUCAUCCAGGGCAUUCCUGCUAUCCAGGGGGGGGUAGUCAACCUGGCAGACCUUCUCAACAAGGCUAAUGCAGGUACACACACACACUUUUACUAUCACUGGUGGUUUUCUGUGCGUUUCAUCACUUUGUUUAAUUGUGCCUGUUUUUGUCCUUCAGGAGAGUCGGAGGAGGCGAUGGCUGCCAGCGCCUUGGACUCCAACAUCCAGCAUGCCACUGUCGUCAACGAAGGUGGUCAGAGGGUCAUCACCAUAGUAACAGACCAGCACGGCAACCUGCAGACCACCGGGGGGAUGUCGCAGCCGUUUUUUGUCACGAUGCAGCACGGACAGCAGAUGCUGGCAGUACCAGCCAAUACAGUGACGGAGGAGGUGGUCGCAGAAGAGCCCCAGCCUCCACCCUCCAGGAAGAGGAAGCUGGAGGUGACCAACAACCACAGCGAAACAGGAGAGACGGAGCUGCUGCAGAGACAACUGCAGGAAGCCAACAGGAAGGCUCAGGAGUACCGACAGCAGCUGCUGCGGAAGGAGCAGGAAGCCGAGGAGUACCGCAUGAAGCUGGAGGCCAUGGCCCAGAGUCAGGCCGGCGCCAACAAUGCCGUCGGCGGCGCCACCAACGCUGCCAGUCCUGAGGAGGUGGUGGGAGGAGAGGACGAGGAGGAGGGGGCUGCUGGCGUGGUGGAAGAGGAGGGCGAGAUGGUGGUGCUGCAGGAGGGCGGCAUCAUCAUGGAGGGGGAGGAGGGUCAGGUGACUCUGGUGGAGACGGGAGGAGAGACAACUCAGGUCAGCUCCUAACGGAGAGAGGAGGAGACGCCAGUGAAAGCCAUCAGAACAGCGGGGGCUGAUGAGACUCAUGGAUUUAACAGACUGUGGGGGGUGAAGAAGCUGACUCGUGGCAGGAAGCGUGAACCGUCGCGAGUCUCCUGAAUCCAGCAGGAGAGACGAUGGAGGAGGAAUCGCGGUGGUGUUCGUCAUUUUAAAUCUGAAUCACCCGAUGCUUUCAGGUCGGGGAGAUCUGAGAGGACAUUCUGCGUUUCCACCUUCUGGACGCCUCGUUUGUGACAGCAGUUAAUUCGUCCUCUGAGCACACGGGACCUUUAUUUGAUGGUUUAUUUUUACUUUUUUUAUGUAACUUCCAGCAGAUCCUCUGUGCAGGAAAAGACUCCUGAAGGUUGCGUAAACAUUUUUGCUUCCCUGUUUUGAAUUUGGAGUAAAAAUGUGAAGAAAAUCCCUGAGGACGUGCAGAAUAAGUGAGAUGAAGCAGGAAAUUAGAGCGGUAGUUUGUCCCUUUUGCAACUUUCUGGAUGCCGUUGAUUAUCCCCAUACUAAUCGUUUAUACCUUUUUAUUUACACGGUGUUUUUGUAAAUCCCAGCGCUCGUCUAAUGACGACUCAUUCUGGUCCUCUUUAUCGCAGGACUUUUCAACUAAACUGCUCGGGGGCCAGACA